AUGGUAGCUCAAUUAGAAAUUAGAAACGAAAAGUAUACUUUAAACAACGGUACUGUUAUUCCAGCAAUUGGAUUAGGUACUUGGCAACUGGACAACAGACAUGAAUUUUAUGAUUCGGUUAAAUGUGCCUUAAAGAAUGGUUAUAGGCACAUUGAUACUGCUGCUUGUUAUAAGAAUGAAGAAUAUAUUGGUAAAGCCAUCAAGGAUUCGUGUAUUCCAAGAGAAGAAAUCUUCAUUACUACUAAAAUCUGGAAUGAUAGACAUAAGGACGUUGCCAAAGCUCUUGAUGAAUCACUUGAAAAAUUAGGUGUUGAAUAUGUUGAUUUAUAUUUAGUGCAUUGGCCAGUUUCAAUUGAUCCUAAAACUGGGAAACCAUAUGACGAUUGGGAUUAUGUUGAUACUUAUAAGGCUCUUCAAAAGUUAUAUAAAGAAUCAGGUAAGAUAAAAGCUCUUGGUGUUUCUAAUUUUACCAAGAAGAAAUUGGAAAGAUUAUUGAAUGAUCCAGAAGUUGAUGUUGUUCCGGUUGUGAAUCAAAUUGAAGCUCAUCCUUUAUUAACUCAAGAUGAAUUAUAUAAAUAUUUGGAAGAAAAGAAUAUUAAGAUUGCUGCUUAUUCUCCAUUGGGAUCUGCUCAUUCACCAUUGAUUAAGAAUGAAACUAUUUUAGAAAUUGCUAAUAAGAAUGGAGUUGAUGCUGGACAAGUUUUGAUUUCUUGGGCAGUUCAAAGAAAGACAAUUGUUCUUCCUAAAUCAGUUAAAGAAUCAAGACUUAUUUCUAAUUUAAAGACUUUUAUUUUAUCAGAUAAAGAUUUUGAAACUUUAAAUAAAUUAUCUGAAAAGUAUGGAGUUGUAAGAACUUGUACCAUGGAAUAUAACAAUUUUGAUGAUUAA